AUGUACGAGGAGUUUUUGCCAAGUAAAACUCUGGAUUUGGAUGAUGUAUUGAAGCCAGAAAUAUCUCAAAAGAUUGGUGCUUUGUUCCCUUCAUAUCAUGCAAUCAAAGUUCCAGUUUCAAAGAAUCGAAGAUGUAUUCAAUUAAUGAGAGACUGGCUUCAAGGUGGUGACUAUGAAAUUGUGCCGACAACUGUGACAUAUUCUGAUCACCCAAAAUGUGUUUCAAUUCAAGAUUUAACAGGAGAAAUCGAUAUUUUUGAGAAGUGGGCAACCGAAUUGUACGAGGAAACUGUAGUUUUCAGUCAUAAUGAUUUGGCGGCUCCCAAUAUUCUUGAACUCAAUUCAACGAAGGAAUUAGUUCUGAUUGACUGGGAAUUUGGAACUUAUAACUGGAGAGGAUUCGAUCUGGCGAUGCAUUUGGCAGAGACAGCAAUAGAUUUUCGUGUUCCGUUUCCACCUGGAAUCAAGAUCAUUGAAGAAUCGACAGAAAAUCCCCCGAAUAUUCGUAUAUUCUGUGAAGCAUAUUUAGAUGCUGACAAUAAGUUGAAGAAUCACACUCCAGUUGACAGAUCUUCUGAAAUUGAAUCUUUGAUCCAAGAAUGUCUGUUCUUUUGGCCACUUACUCAUCUCUUCUGGGCACUUUCAGCAAUGAAACAUGCACUUUUGAAAUUCGAAAACGGCGUGGAUCUAGAUGUUCAAGCAAGGGAUAGACUGGCAGUUUAUUUCCAUUUGAGAUCAAGAUCUCAGAAAACUUACGAAGAAUUAAGCAAGAAAUAA